AUGAAAAGAAAACAAACAAUAAAUGUCGAUUAUUAAGAUAUGAUUCAAUAAGCAAAGAGCAUGUUUAAUUUAAGUUAAGAUGAGAUAAAUGAAAUUCUAGUUGAGAUGAAAAAAUUUGAUACGAAAGCAACUGGAUAUGUAGGAAAACACGAAGUUGAUGAUGUUUUAAGAGGUAUUUACAUAAUAUUAAUUAAGAUCUUAAACUUUUAGAUAAUGAAAAAUUGAUAGCUAAGUUUAAUGAGGAAUUGAAAAUAAUGAAUGUCAAGUUUCUAGACUUUAAAUAGGUUUGUGAUUUAUAUUGUAAAUUAAAACAAUAUUAGUAACAAAUAAAUGAAGAAGAAACUAUUACUCAAGAAUAUAGUAAUAUCUUAAUUUAAUCUUUAAGUUGAUGCCUUCUGUGCUUUAGGAGGCUAACUUGAUAAAUCAGGAUUUGUUUUAAAAUCUACUAUAAUUGAAACAAUCUAAAAGGAAUUCGAAUUAAACUUUGAAUUAGAUUCAAUCUUAGGAGAUUUUCAUGGAACAUAACUAGAUUUCGAUGAAUUUUGUUAAUUAUUCGAGAAUGCUGGAGAUGAUGGUAAAUCAUUUAUUACUGUAUCAAUUUGAUCUAGCUAUAGAGUGUUUCUUUAUCAAAAAGAAAUUAAAAUGAUUUCGUUGUUAGAUACAAAGACUUUGAAAAAUGGGAAAAAUUAGCUAAUUGAGU